CGCGCGCACAGCAGCAGCAGCACAAGAGCACACGCCCUGAGAUCAGGGAGGAGGAAGUAAGAGAGAAACGCGCGGUUGGUUGCUCGGCACCACACCGUACGCGCGCGCCAUGGGGAACUGCUGCUGCGGCUCCGCUGACGCCGGCACGAAGCCGCCGGGUCGUCGUCCUACUCCUACCAAAGGAACGCCGCCGAAGGGGACGACGGCAUGGGCGCCGGCGCCGAAGCCGAAGCCGAGCGACGACGGCAGCAGCGGGGCGAAGCAGCGAGAGAUGGGAGGCGACGACGACGACGGUGCUCCGGGCCCGGGCCCGGUCGUCGGGCGGGUCCUGCAAGCGCCGAGGCUGAGGGAGUUCACGCUCGCCGAGCUGCGGGCCGCCACGCGCGGGUUCAAGCCGGAGAUGGUGCUCGGGGAGGGCGGCUUCGGCCGGGUCUACAAGGGCUGGGUCGACGAGCGCACGCUCAACCCGGCCAAGAGCAACGCCGGCGUCAUCGUCGCCGUCAAGAAGCUCAACCCGGAGAGCGUCCAGGGCCUGCAGGAGUGGCAGUCGGAGGUGAACUUCUUGGGUAGGCUGUGGCAUCCCAACCUGGUGAGGCUGCUGGGCUACUGCGGCGAGGACAGGGAGCUGCUCCUGGUGUACGAGUUCAUGUCCAAGGGCAGCCUGGAAAACCACCUCUUCAGAAGCCGGGGUGGAAACUUGGAGGCGCUGUCGUGGAGCCGGCGGCUCAAGAUCGCCACGGGCGCGGCGCGCGGCCUCGCCUUCCUGCACUCGUCGGAGAAGCAGGUCAUCUACAGGGACUUCAAGGCGUCCAACAUCCUCCUCGACUCGGAUUUCACUGCCAAGCUGUCGGACUUCGGGCUCGCCAAGAACGGGCCCUCCGCCGGGAAGUCGCACGUCACGACCCGGAUCAUCGGCACCUACGGCUACGCGGCGCCGGAGUACGUCGCCACCGGGCACCUGUACGUGAAGAGCGACGUGUACGGCUUCGGCGUGGUGCUGCUGGAGCUGCUGACGGGGAUGCGCGCGCACGACCCGAACCGCCCGAGCCACCAGCACAACCUGGUGGAGUGGGCGCGGCCCUACCUCUCCGGCGCCGGCAGCAAGCUCAAGACCCUCAUGGACCAGCGGAUCGACGGCCAGUACCACACCAAGGCCGCGCUCCGGGCCGCAAGGCUCGCCGGCAAGUGCCUCACGGGCGACCCCAAGAGCCGGCCCUCCAUGGACGACGUCGUCGCCGCGCUCGAGGACAUCGAGGCCCUUCAGCAGCAGGCCGCCGGGGGGCACCGGGACCUGCCGCCGCGGCCUGGAGCGCGCCGGUCUGCCGCCGUACCAUGAUUCUUCACGCGGCGCCCCUGUUGAUGCAGUGCAGCAUGGUCGUUGCUUGGCUUGAGCAAGCCUAGCUGCUGAUUCAGACAGAACACUAGCAUUGGUUCUUCAGCUUCGUUCAACUAAUCGCCGGUGUUUUCAUUCUUUACUCGAUUAUUAAUCCCUCAUUGUUACAGCAGUAUAUAGGUUCGGUAAUGUUCUUGUUGGAAUCGGACAGGAUGCAGGGAUAACGAAUGAUCACAAUCAUAGCAACAUACAUGCAGGUCCCAUUCUGCAUUUC